UGUCCAUAUACAAUGACCCCAGUGGGCGAUUUGUCCUUCUGCGCUGACCCUGCAUUUACUAUAUCUGGUCUUCCAGGACCCUGCAUUCACUAUAUCUGGUCUCCCCAGACCCUGCAUUCACUAUAUCUGGUCUCCCCGGACCCUGCAUUCACUAUAUCUGGUCUCCCCGGACCCUGCAUUCACUAUAUCUGGUCUCCCCGUACCCUGCAUUCACUGUAUCUGGUCUCCCAGGACUCUGCAUUCACUAUAUCUGGUCUCCCCGGACCCUGCAUUCACUAUAUCUAGUCUCCCCCGGACCCUG